CGCAAUGUUCCAACGAACCAUCGUGGUAGCGUCCCUGAUCGCCGUGGCCUGUGGGGCACCCUCGCAGGACCAGUCCUCCCGAGUGGUCAACGGACAGACGGCCGCCGACGGACAGUUUCCGUACCAGGUCCAGCUCAAGAUCCAGCUCGCCCAGGGUCGUGCCCUGUGCGGAGGAAGUUUGCUCAGCGAUCAGUGGGUCCUGACGGCCGGUCAUUGUGUGCAGGGUGCCAGCUCGUUUGAGGUAACGCUCGGAGCGGUUGCCUUGGACGGAGCGGACGAUGGUCGCGUCGUGGUGACCGCCACCGAGUACAUCCGGCACGAAAAGUACAACCCACUGUUUGCGACGAACGACGUUGCCGUGAUCAAGCUGCCGUCGGCGGUGCAGUUCAACGAGCGCGUUCAACCGGUGAAGCUACCCUCGGGAAGUGGCGACUACGCUGGCCAGGUUGCCACCGUCAGCGGAUGGGGACUGCAGCAGAACGGAGGUACCGUGGCUCAGCAGCUGCAGUUCGCCCCGCUCAAGGUCAUUACGAACUCCGUCUGUAGCAAGACGUACAACCCGCUGGUGAUCAAGAAGACGACGCUGUGCGCCCAGGGUGACGAUAAGCAGUCGCCGUGCAACGGAGAUUCCGGCGGUCCGCUGGUGGUGGACGAAGGCGAUGAACGGGUUCUGGUUGGUGUGGUUAGCUUUGGACAUGCCACCGGAUGUGAGCGCGGACUGCCGGGAGCGUUUGCCCGGGUGACCGCGUUCGCCGAUUGGAUCCGCAAGAAGACUGGACUGCAGGCUUGAAGAUUAUGAGGGAUGACCACUUACGACAACAUUUAUGAGCAAUAAACUUUUUAAGGCAUGUUAA